AUCAAAAGCCGUGGUACCCACGUGUACGUUUUUGCAAGUGAACGAGAAGUCAAGAUGACACAUUACAGUGUUUGGGGAAGACGACUGGUGAGGUAUCUGUCAGUGGAGGGCAGGUCAUUCAGAGGGGACUACAGUGGGAAGCUCCCUGAGGCUGUUCUGGACAGACUGUCUGCACAGGGCAUCACAGAUCCUAAUCAUCUGCAGAGAAAGUGUCUAGAUGUGUUGCUGGAUGGCAGCCAGGAGGCAGCUGUUAUAAAUGCAGAAACUGGAUCAGGGAAAACAUUCUGUUUCCUCCUCCCUAUUCUGAGGUUGUUCUCUGAGCUGUGGAGCAGUGGUGGUGCUAUUCCCUCCUCCUCAUCGCUGAUACUGGUACCCACACCCCAUCUAGGUUAUCAGAUACAGUCCCUGUACAGGUCCCUCGCUGACCCUCUCUGGGGUUCCUCCAUAUCCCAUCACAGCGCCAAGCUCACCCUCAUGCCCUCCACCUCUCUCGUGAUAGCCACACCCACUUCCCUCGUACAAUACGACCUGCAACGAGUACUGAGACAUGUUCGACUACUAUGUGUGGACGAGGCCGAUGCUCUACUCACUGGCAGUGAAAAAGAAUCAACUUUAACAAUCAUGGACACACUCAGAAAAAAUAACGACCAAACAAACAAAACUGAAAUUCCAAGUACAGUAUCUGAGCCAACGGAUUGUUCUACCAGGGAAAUAUUUCAGACACGUUUUAUUUUCACAGCUGCUACUCUCCCCUCAGGGGGUAAACAGACGGUUCAAUCUCGCUUGAAAAGAUGGUUGCCUAAAAACACUUUGCAUAUUACCACCGACAACACACACAAGCUACUACCAACUGCUGAACUGAGAUUUGUCACUAUUGAAGCGACUGUAACUGGUGAUCGAGAGCGUCCUAAGAUUGCUAGCAAGAGACUGAACAUAGCGAAGCGACAACAGCUGAUAAAAGAUCUCUGUGGAUUGGACACUAAUCAAACGCCACCAAAAGUACUCAUUUUCUGUAACUCUGUGCUCAGUGGCGAGCAUCUUCACCGGUUUCUAGCAAGGCCUCUACCUGACCUCUACAACCUGACCCCACCCCAUUGGUGGUCGGAUAAAGUCGGACGUUUGUUCAAACAAGAAGACGGCGAUGUAUCAAGUCUUGAAGACACUCUGAAGAGAUUUCAAACUGGAGCGUUGAAUGUGUUGGUGUGCAGUAAUCUUGGUUGUCGUGGACUUGACCUACGAGAUGUUACAGCUGUGAUACAGUAUGAUUUUCCCGGGAACGUGGCGGAGUUUAUACACAGAGCUGGUCGUACGGCAAGGGCCGGUCGUUGUGGUCAUGUGAUCAGUUAUGUGGACGAAGAGAGCAGUGGUCUGGCCAAUCAGAUUAGAGACACUAGUGGCGGGUCAAUGGACAGAUUGUUUAGUCGAAACAAGAUGUUGAGAAGACGCCUCAAUAGAACUGUAGCCAGUGAACAACAGUCUGUGUGUGUGUAAGUGUGUGCUUGCGUGUGAGUGCAUGUAUACCUACAUUGUAUAUAUAAUUACAGUCAUAAUAGUUAUA